AUGUCAAGUUCAAAUGAUAGCAAUGAAAUCCUUCGUCUUCAAUCAAUUGCUAAAUUUCUCGAUGGUUAUGGUAUAAUGAUUUUCAUUAUCAUUGGUACAAUAGGAAAUCUAGUAAAUACUCUUGUUUUCCUUCGAAAUAAAACACUUCGUCAAAUGUCAAAUUGUAUUUUCUUGAUUAUGUUUUUUACCAGCAAUUUAACAUCUUUGUGGACAUCUCGCUUUCCGCGUAGUAUGCUCACUAUUACUGGUAUUGAUCCAUUAGUUGGCAAUAUAGUUUAUUGCAAAAUUCGUUGGCUAUUUGGACGUUGGAGUUUCUAUAUGUCAUACAUAUACAUUUGUUUAUCAUGUAUUGAUCGAUUUCUAAAUACUUCACGUCAUGAACGUUAUCGACGUUUAAUGACAUUCAAACGAGCUGCAAUUGUUACAAUUACAAUUAGUUUAAUGUAUUUUAUUAUCUUCAUUCCUGAUGGAAUUUAUUAUUCAGGAAAUGGAUGUACAGCAUCAAAUAGUGACCGAGCAUUAUAUGCACAAUUUCUUAACUAUUUUAAUUUAGUUAUGUGUAGUUGUAUACCGAUGGUGAUUUUAGGUAUUUUUUCUAUACUUACAUGGUAUAAUCUUUAUUCAGCACGAAAUGUUCAGCAUAGUCGACUUCAUCGUCAAGUUAAUUUAAUGAUGAUUGUUGAAUUUAGUGUUAUAUUUGUUGGUGCAACACCAAAUUUUGUAUUUAAUAUUUACACACAAAUUACUCAAUCAAUGGUUAAGUCAAAUUUAAGAGUAGCACAAGAAGGUGUUUGGAGAAAUGUUUGUGUUCUAUUUAGUUUUCUAUUAUAUGCCGGAACAUUUUAUAUUUAUAUAAUUAUGUCAAGCACUUUCAGACGAAAUGUUAAAAAUCUUAUUUGUUUUACAAAAUCGAAUCAACUUCAUUCACAAACAGUACCUUUACAAAGUCGAAGAACUGAUUUUUAA